UGUGUUGUGUGUGGAGCUGAGCGGCUGCCGCGGUGGGAGUGAGCUCGCUUCCCGGUGCCCGUGUGUUCACCCGGCCUGAGGCUUCCAACAGCGGACAGGCAUGGAGCUCUGGCUGUUAGGCCGCCGUCCCCGAGCUGUCCGUGAACUGGGCCUGUACAGCAGGAUGUGAGCGCGUCCUGGUCUGUUCGCUUUGACCACCCCGCGUCUUCUGCUAGAAUGUUUCUUGUCAACGUCCCUCCUCUGGUUGCUUUCAAAACGAAAUGGACAACGUUCGCAGACGCCGCGGCUGGUAGACUCCCCGUAUGCUUCUCUGAAUCCGAGGAGGAGAUCUCGGGAACUUCCGUGACCGCGCAGGUUCAGGACAUUAUCAGUAACCUCCAGAGUGAUGGACCUUCUCUUGAUGUGACCGGCGAAUAUGAGUGUAUUAUGCAGAAGAACAGAAAGGGGGAGAUUUACGUCGAGAGAGGACUGAAAAGCGCCGGCGCCGCGUUUAAAGGGCAUACUAGAGAGGCGGCCACGUUGGUCGUACCCGCUCAGUUCAAGGAUAACAAAGAGGAGAGCUCGGGGUGCGGCCCUCUUCUGCUCGAUUCGGAUAGCGACGAUUCUGUGGACAGAGACAUUGAAGAAGCUAUCCAGGAGUACCUGAAGAAGAAAAGCACCCUCGACCCGUUAACCCAUACAGCGGAUACAAGUUCCAUUCCUUCCGAAAGUCCGAAAAGUUCUCAAAAAGACCAGGAGAGGAGAACCGCUCCGAAUGUUUGCCCCGUUAAGACUGAACCCAAUAACAGCCUCUUGGAGAGGUUCAAGCCUCAACAUAAGCCUAGAAGUCCUUCGCCUGACAGCGUGAGCAGCGAUGACUCUUUCGAGCAGAGCAUCAGAGACGAGAUCGAGCAAUUUCUGCACGACAAGAAGCAGCAGAGCGGCGGCAACGAGACGGGAACAUGUAAGAAAACCGCUCAGGGAGAAACGCAGGCCAAACCGAAGUUAAAGUCUACUAAGGCACCUGAGAAAGCAGCCCCCAAGGCACGGGAGCCCGUCGGGAAAAAGGUCCCGGAGAGCGUCGGCUCGCAGUCUAAAUGUAUCAAGACGGGCGCCAUUAAUAGGGUUCAGUCCAAGGCCGGUGUACUGAAGCCGAGUGAAAAUAAAAAAUCACAGGCUCAAGCAGCUGCUCAGAGGAUGAACGAAGACCUCUCAGAUUCUAGCAGCGACGAUGGUAUCGAGGAAGCCAUUCAGCUUUAUCAGCUCGAGAAAAGCAGACUGGAAAGUAAUUUGAAAGCUGCUCUCGGUGUCCCUGCUGACAAGGGGAGCGCUGUACCCGACACCGCUUUAAUGUACGGUCCGGACAAGAGCGUGGCUCCCGAUGACCGCGUAAACGAAGAAAUAAAAAGAAAACCGCAGAAUGCCCAGACGGCAACAUUCCAAGAUGUAGCAGACGUCAAUAAAAUCGCCAAUAAAAAGGUGGACGACCGGGCCGCGCAAUGUGAAACCGCCAUUCAUGCGACUUGCAGGGCGGAGACGGCCACCGAGCUGAUGUGUGCGGAAGCGAUACUGGACAUUUCUAAGACAAUUUUGCCUUCCCAACCAGAAAGCACUUUCACAGUUUACUCUGAAAAUCCCUGCUCUCGGCGUGAGCCGGAAAGUGACAGCUCUGUGGACAGCGACGACAGCAUAGAACAAGAGAUAAGGACAUUUUUGGCUCGUAAAGCUGAAGCUGAAGGUGCCUUGGCGGCGGCGGCUUCUAUGAAACAGACAUCAUCAUCAUCAUCAUCAUCAUCACCUUCUUCUUCAACAGGCGCUAGGCCGGAACAAGGCAACCAGUCGACUGCUUCCAAAAAUAAGCUGUCCCUGUCACGUAAAAGAAAGCUUGCGGAAAACAAGCAAGGCCCGACGGCCAAAGUCAACGUACUGGAAAAGACAUCGUCCAACGUCGAUAACCGGUCAGACGUGACAAAGCACCAGCUAACGUCCAAGACCGUGCAGGACAGCUGUAUGAGGACAGCGGCUUAUGUGUUUCAGAGGCCUAAAUUAUCGCGUCCACCAGAAGCUCGGGAAUCUGCCGGGCUUAGUGUUGGGAACGUGAUAAGAAGUCCGGAGUCUCCGCCAGCCUUCAGCAGGGUAUCUGGAAAAGUACAUUUCCGAACCAAGGGUGAAUACAGCGGGGACGAGAGCAGUUCUCUGGACAGCGAUGAAGAUCUAGACACUGCGAUAAAAGAUCUACUGAAGUCAAAGAAGAAAUGUAAGAAAAGAGUGAAAGAUACCAGAUCUCCGUCUCAGAAAAGGGUACGGUUUGGGGACUCUGCAGCGAAGCCUUUAGAGUCCUUUGGCUUCGAGGAGAAGGAUUGUUACGGCGUUAGAUCUCCUGUUAUCAAAAGCUGCCUUAUGAAUUCUAGCGCUGCAAGAGACGCUUCUGCAAGAAGGGCGAAGGGUAAUAUAAGGGCUAAGGAAGAUAAGGAGGCCGGGAACCAUUUGUUCUCCUCUUCCGGCGGCGCUGUUUGCCAUCCUGAACCGGCGGGUGCCUCGGACAGAAGCGGCACGGCUCUUUCCAAGUCCGAAGCUCGGGACAGCAGCUCCGUGGACAGCGACGACAGCAUAGAGCAAGAAAUUAGAAAGUUUCUGGCGGAAAGAGCCAGGGAGUCCGCAGAGCUUUCCGCCGCGCAAAAGUUGGCUGGCGUUUCCGACCAAAGUCUUAGCGUAUCUGCGGUGGAGGAACAAGCGGUCGCAGGCAAUGCGGUGACGAAGACGGCGCUUCAGCCAGGCGCGGAAAUCACCGGCUCUUUGAUGUCCUCUCUGCCGCCGUCCAUGGUGCCCGCGUUAAAUGAUUCUAAGCAAAACAUUUUGCCGGCUGCUCAGCAGUCCCACCGCCCUGGUGAUCUAGUGAAGGGUGCCAGCCCGGCGCGCAGGAACGACUGUCUACUAGUCAAGCAGGAAUGUUCAGUCUCUGCCGGCAAUGUCGCUAUGCCAAGCGAGAGAUGCGUGCAGACUCUACCGGCCGUGGUGAUCAAGACUGAAAUGAACGGCGCGCAAGGGAAAUCUCACUUGCCGCUUUCAGGGAACUUCGUCGCCGGUCUUAAGUACAUUUCAGGAAACGAUAAGCAGCUUGUUUUAAAUGUCGAUAACUCCAGCCCGUCCAGGUUAACGGGUGGGCUUCAGAAAUUGGGACAGCAUAUGAUUCCAAAGCAGACAAGCUGCCACCCCCUUCCAAAAAAAGGACUUCUUUUACAAAAGCCCAAGGUUGUCCAGGCCCCCGAUCUUUCCCCUAAAAGUCCAUUGGUCUGCCCCGGUCUGUACCUGCUUACAACCCAAGUAUGUAAAGAAAACUCUAGGCCGUGCCUUCCGUUUAGUAGUCCAGCGCCGUACGAGUCCGGCCUUAAUCUAAUGGGCAUGCAGUACUGUCGUAGUCAGGUAGCCCCCCGUGCAGCCCCUUAUGCAGCUGAGUUGCCCCUUCAACAACGCGAAGGGGCAGAAAUCAGAGAGCAAGUCAUGAGGCAGGCAGCAGCGUUAGUGCCCCCCGGCACCAAAACCGCAGCGAGGGAUGUUUUAGGAAGCGACAGCAGAGCGAGGAGUGCAGAUGAGACAGCCUUAGAGACAGGCUCUGGUAGAAAUGUGAAGGAAAGCAGAGGUUCUAAAGGGAGUCUGUAAGUACCUUAUUUUGACACUUUUUUUUGUAGCUGUACAGUAAUCAUUUAAAUGGAAUGAAGGAAAAAAAGAGAA